AUGCAGGAGUUCAAUAGUGGUGCAUGCUGUGUUACGGUUUUGAUACAAGAUCAGGAGAUGAUUGUGUCGAAUUUGGGAAACUGUAGAGUUGUUCUGUGUCGAGGAGGAGGAGUUUCUGAGGCUCUUACAAGUGAACACAAACCAGAAAGAGAUGACGAGCGCAAAAGAAUAAAAAAUCAGGGAGGUCAUGUCAGCUUUCUUGGCAAGGCUUGGAGAGUUGCUGGGAUACUCGCUGUUUCGAGAAGCAUUGGAGAUGCAGAUUUGAAGAAUAAGAAACUGGUGAUUGCUGAGCCCGAGACAAGAGUACUCGAGAUUGAAGAAGAUAUGGAGUUUCUUCUCUUAGCUACUGAUGGUCUUUGGGAUUGGGUUGGUAAUGAAGAAGCUGUUGACACUGUGUUGAGUGUCUUAGCUCAGGGCAAGACUCCUUUAGAAAGCGAGUAUGAGAGCUUGAUCCAGGGGUUUGACAAUUUGAGCCCAUUUCCGAAACGCAGCCGAUUGUCGCUUGUCAAGGAAGAAAAAGAAAUGUUGCCAGUUGAAUCUUCCAAAUCCGAGAAUGAAUCACCAGACCGUGAGAUAGGGACCCCAACUUCAAAGUCCGCGAAGAUCAAGGCGGCUUGCAAAAAGCUCGUGGACAUGGCAUUGAGUACAGGUAGUAUGGAUGAUAUCACAGUGGUGAUUGUUGAUCUCAACCGGUACAAAUGCUGA